UUUUUUUUUUUAUUUUUUGGUUGAAGAGCACCAGGCUCCGAUACACGCGCGCGGUUGAGGCCCGCUUCUUUCUUCGCGCGCCCCAGAUGUUGUCCUGGCAGCUCUCCGGCCCUGGUUUGACGAGCUUUUCAUCGCGCUUCCUGCUCUCGCAAUGUUCUCGUCCCGACCGCCGUCGUCGUGGCUCGUACGGCUCCCGCACCACCUGAGACCGCUGUGCUACGGACAGCUGGCGCAGGCUCGGAGCUUCAGCCGUUCUGCUCGGAACCUGGCUUCGGAGCCCGAGCUGUACGAUGUCGUCUGCGUCGGAGGCGGACCUGCGGGCCUGAGUCUUGCCGCUGGCUUGAAAGCCUCGCCAAUCGCGUCGAACCUGAAGGUGGCUCUGGUCGAGAGCCUGGACCUCUCCAAGACAAAGCUGGACAACUCGUCGCCGACGAGGUAUUCCAACCGUUGCAGCUCGCUCACGCCGGCGUCCGUUCGCUUUCUGCAGGAAGCAGGUGUGUGGGAGCACGUCGACCAGGCGCGCGUGCAGCCGUAUCAGGCCAUGCAGGUCUGGGACGGCAUCACGGGCUCACGCAUAUCGUUCGACUGGGCCCAGGCGGCUGGCGGUGCUCGACCGGUCGGCUCGCGGACGAUCGCGUACAUGAUCGAGAACCUGAACCUCACUACGGCCUUGCAAAAGCGUUUGGCGGAGCUGGGCGGCGUGGAUGUCAUUUCGCCCGUCAAGGUCGAUUCGAUCGAGUUCGGCAAAGACACGCCCGCGCUCGACCUGCGCUCCUGGCCCAUCCUCACGCUGAGCAACGGAGACAGGCUAGGAGCACGGCUCCUGGUUGGCGCAGACGGUGCGAACAGCCCUGUCCGCAACUUCGCCGGCAUUGAGAGCCGCGGCUGGGACUAUGGAAGGAUGGGCGUCGUGGCGACGAUCCAGCUCGAGGGUGAAGGCUGGGGUGGCAGCGAGCACAAGAUUGCGUAUCAGCGUUUCUUACCUACGGGCCCGGUCGCCAUGCUUCCCUUACCCGGUAACAUGGCUACUUUGGUGUGGUCGACUCUGCCAGACCGGGCUAUGAAGCUCAAGCAGCUCAAGCCGGACGACUUCUGCGCCAUGGUCAACGCUGCGUUCAGACUGAGCAUGGUUGACAUUGACUACAUGCACACGAUUUCAGAAGGCCAAAGGGAUGAGUUUGACUGGAGAAUGCAGCACACGGCGACCAAUGAACAGGACCUGCCUAUGCGCGUUGUUGGCGUGCAGGAGGGAACUGUAGCUCCGUUUCCCUUGAAGCUUAGACACGCAGACAGCUAUGUCAUGGAACGAAUCGCACUCGUCGGCGACGCUGCGCACACGAUCCAUCCAUUAGCUGGACAGGGACUCAACCAGGGCCAGGCAGACGUGGCUUCACUCGUGAAAGUCAUCGAGGACGCGGUAGAGUCUGGGGCUGACAUUGGCUCCCAGAUAUCCUUGGAGAGAUACAACAGCGAGAGGUACGCCGCUAACAAUGCUAUGCUUGGUGUCUGCGACAAGUUGCACAAGUUGUACAGCUUCAAGUCUGGGCCGAUUGUGCCGUUGAGGUCUCUCGGCUUGCAGGCUGUGGACAAGCUCAGCUUCCUCAAGGGAUUUCUUAUGAGCCGAGCAGCUGGCGGAGCAUAAAAAGUUUGUAACAUCAUAGGGGAAUGAUCAAUCACAUCUCAACAAAUGUAACAUAGUACGGGUCAAAAACAAAUGACAUGAUGCAUUGAUGCAGACAAAAGAAUCCUCGUAUUGUUAACAUCUAUUGCGCAUCUAUCCC